CACCUUCUGCUGCGGACGCCAUUGCCGAGAAGAGAAGUGUAUUCCGUGGAUAUACCGUUGAUAGUACCGACAAAUAAGUCAGAUUUUAAAAACUUUUGACGGCGGCGUUAUGUCUCGUAACCGAGAAAGUACCAAUACAGACAAUAAAGUCUAUGUUGGAGACUUGGGAAAUAAUGCAUCGAAAGGAGAACUAGAAGACGCCUUCUCUUAUUAUGGAAGACUGCGAAGUGUCUGGGUUGCAAGAAAUCCUCCUGGGUUUGCCUUCAUUGAAUUUGAAGAUCCGAGAGAUGCAGAAGAUGCUGUUCGUGGCUUGGAUGGAAGAACCGUAUGCGGCCGUCGUUGCAGAGUAGAACUUUCUACCGGACGUACCCGUUCGCGUGGUUAUAGUGGACCAUCUAGACGUGGAAGACCUUUUCAUCCAGAAGAUCGCUGCUAUGAAUGCGGCAGUCGAGGCCAUUAUGCUCGAGAUUGUCCUUUGUACAGUCGUGGUCGUAGGCGUGGUUCGAGAAGCAAUACUCAUUCACGUAGCCGCUCACGUAGCCGCUCGCGUUCUAGGAAUCGCAGCCGAAGCCGCUCCAACUCCCGUCGUUCUAGGUCGCCAAGCCGUCCCAAGAAUCGCUCGCGUAGUCGCUCCACAUCUCGCCAUUCUCGUCGUUCCCGAUCGGUUUCACGCCACUCUCGCCGUACUCGAUCUCCCACCCGAUCCAAGUCAAAAUCAGUAUCACGUCGAUCGGUGUCAGACAGGAGUCAAUCGCGAGAUCGCUCUAGGGAUAGAUCGCGUUCACGUGAUCGGUCUCACGAUCGAUCACGCUCCGUCUCUCGAUCGCGCAGCAGAUCAUCUCGGCGGAGCGUUAGCCCUCGCGCCAACGGCGACGAUUGACAAAUAUCAGCGAUAUGCUAACUUUGAGCAACAAACCAUUACCUUUUUCUUCCUCUUUUAUUUUUUCUUCUCCCCAUUUUCCGCCUUUUUUUUAUUUUUUUUUCCCCACUUUAUUUUUCUUUAUUUUUUUAAUUAUUAUUUUAUGCCACGUUUUCUGGGUUAUCUUUAGAAAUAAUGGCUGUGGUAGCAAAGCUAUUCGGCCCAACGUUUUGCUUUUCUUCAUUCUAAAAUUCUUGAACCUUGAAUUUCACUUACCCCCGACAUGAAACAAAACCUUUCCCUCGCCCUUUCAUCUCCAUUACACUCCGUCGGUAUCCUCCAUUUCCCCCAACAUCGCUACCCCUCAUCUUAUUAUUAUUCAGUCGACAUUCCACAUUUCCAAGUUGGAAGAGAACUGCAAUACAUGACUCAUUGGAAAGUUUCAAAA